AUUACAAAUUUUUCAAAAAUCAAAACCCUUCAUGGAUCUCUUCAAAUCAGAUUCACCCACCACAGCUUCGUCUUCUUCUCCAUGGAGCUUCGGUACUCUAAUCAAAACCCUAACGACAAGAUCCGAAUCCGUAAUCGGAUCCUACCGCCGCGAUUUCGAGGAAUUCGGAUCCGAAUUGAAGAAAGAAACUUCAAUAAUCCGCCACGUGGCUUCGAAAUUACCCGAUUCACUCGAGAUCGGCGCCUCCGUCGCGUCAGAGUCGUUAGAAUCCGUCGGUCAAGUCAUCGACGAUAUCGGAGCCUCCGUGUGGAAAUCAACGGCUAGGAUGAUUUCUCAAGGUAAGUUGUCUCUGAAACCACUGGAUCGUAGCCGUACACGUGGCGUAUCUGUGAAACCUUACAGUCGUUUUGAGAUGAUGUUACUUGCGAUACAAUCUGAUAAAGGCACGUUUGUUAAAGAGCCUGAUGAUUUAGUUGAUUUUGAGAAUUGGGGUUUAGGGUUUAAGUUAGAUGAGAAGAGGGAUGAGAUUUUUGGUUUGUUUGAUGAGAAGAAAGGUUUUAAAGAGAUGUAUGAUGAGAUUGUUCCUGUUGAAGUUGAUGAUGAGAGUUUUUGGAAGAGGUAUUUUUAUAGAGUGUAUAAGCUUGAGCUUGUGGAAGAAGCUAGGGUUAAGCUUGUGAACAGAGCUAUUUCUGGUGACGAAGAUGAGGAUUUGAGCUGGGAUCUUGAUGAUGAUGAGGGUGAUGGUGAGAGUUCGUUGAAUCGUGAGAUGGGUUCAGAGAAUGUGGUAGAGAGCAGAGAGGUUUCGUCUAAGGAUAGUGAUAUCUCGGUGAUUUCGACUCAGCCAUCGUUACCUGAGGUUGAAGAUCUUGGGUGGGAUAAGAUGGAAGAAGAUAUCAAGAGCAAUGAGGAUAAGAGUUUGGAUGAGAAAUCUGAUUGGCGAAGACGGGUUAGUGUAGCAGCAGCGGGUGAAGAAGAGGAUUUAACUUGGGAUAUUGAAGAUGAAGAUGAAGAUGACUCUGUUAAACAAUAAACAAGCAUUGCACAAAAGCCAUGUUUUAUAGAAAAGGUAAGAUUUAGUUUGAGGCUACUGAAACAAGCAUUGCGCAAAAGCCUUUUAUACAUGUUUUUAUUUGCACAUAAAACGCAUAUGAAACGAUAAAAUGAUUUGUAUAGUAAUUUUUUACCAGUGAAUUAGAUCGAAUUUGUGAUUUAA